GUGUUGGCUAUUUCACUGAGGGUGGUCGAAAGGCCAGGUAGGAAAAACUACUUGAUCACGCUUUCUGAGAAAGAUCAGCUCGUUUCGGCUAACGAAGAAAAAAUUAAAACCGUGGGAAGAAUGACCAAUGUCGCUUUCCGAUUGGGUAAAGUGCACGCGCUUGGGGAUCUCGUAGUACUAGAUGUCAAUACGUACGACGUUCUCUUCGGACUUCCCGCUCUUGUGGCAUUACGAGCAAACCUGGACUUCGAACGACGACCGAUCAUCCUCCGAAAUACAGGAGGAAAACUCUACGCUGUACCCAUGCGAUUGACCCUUCGCACUACUAUUAACGCGGUUCCGCGGGUUUCGCCGAUGAUGGCAGGGACUCUCCGCAUGAUCUCCUGGGACGAACCCGCAGAAGGGAAGCCAUCAACUGAUGAUGCGGAAAGCAGUGACAAAGAUGAUCCGGAGAUCCUGAAAUUGUGGGUUCGGUGUCCGAUGGGGAUUUGCAAUGCGCCUGCCACGUUCCAGCAAGCGAUGAACAUGACGUUCCAGAACUUCGUCAGCAAGACACGACUAACGCAAGGAAUGAUUAACUUAUGUGUGAUCGUGUACAUGGACGACAUCCUGGUCUAUUCGGAAACCUAUCACGGGCACGUGCAACACAUCGAAUGGACAUUGGGUGCAUUGAGAGACGCUGGGUUCAAGAUUGCGCUUGAGAAGAGUGAAUUUUUCCUCUCGGAAAUUUCGUUCUUGGGAUAUGUCGUGACACGUGGAGGAUUGCGGCCUGAUUCAAGAAAAGUUGCGGCGGUGAAGGAAGCUCCGGUUCCUACACCACUGACGCAGGUUCGAACCUUCUUGGGACUGGCGUCGUAUUACCGGCACUUCAUCAAGGGCUUUGCCGCGAUUGCACGACCACUAACGAAUCUAUUACGGAAGGACCGGCCUCUCAGCUUGGACGCGGAGUGCCAGCAGGCCUUUGCAACCCUCAAGGACGAUCUGGCAACGACCCCUAUUUUGAUUCGACCAGACACCUCGAAGCAGUUCAUUCUCAUCACGGUCUGGCAACCGGAGGCUAUUUCCGCUAUUCUAGCGCAGAAGGGGAACGAUGGUCGCGAACACGUCAUCGAGUAUGCGUCACGAACCGUGCCGGAUGAACGAAGGAACGACUCAGCGCCUCAAGGCGAAUGCUAUGCAGUGGUCUGGGGAAUCCAGCACUUCCAUCCGUAUCUCUACGAACAGAAGUUUCGCCUCAUGACGGAUCACGAACCCCUGCUAGCUUUGAAGAAGCUCACCAACUACACGGGCAUGAUUGGUCGUUGGGCGGUGCGACUACAAGAAUACGACUUCGAUAUCGUUCAUCGAAAGACGGAGCGACACGGCAACACGGACGGGCUGACACGUCUGCAUCGACCUGCCAAGUCUGCGCGGGAUCCCACCCUCUCCUACCGUGUUAAGGAGAACAGUGCGCCGCUAUUGAGUGAGGAGAAGUGGGACGCGUGGUGGGAGAACUAUAUCGAGCUUGCUUUCUGCCUACUGGAGAUAGAGUUCCGCUGGUCAGAGGCGGCCCCAUUCGAAGAAGGGCCGGAGCAACCAGAAGACAGCAUGGAGUUUCUGAUCAUCCAAGCUUGGAGGACAGCGGAGCAGGGCGACCUGCUGGGAUUCCUGUUCGGGAAGGUGGAGGAGGGCAAUCUCACCUUGAUGACGGACGAGUUGCUGGUGUUUUUGACUCAGCUAGCGGACGAUCUGCCCCUGGACAUCUUGUCGCGCAGUGACAAGCAGCCUGGCACCCACGUGCUGUCUCGAACGCUCGAGCCGCACCUUGUAUGGUCCACAUGCACGGAAAUCGACGAGGACAAUUGUCUCUAUCCCUCCCAGGCGCUCUACUUGGAGAUCGACGUUACCGAUCUCACGUUUUGGGACCCGAUUGCGAGACAAAACAUCGCGCAGGACGAGGAGAUAAGGGGAGCAAACGAAGAAGAGGAAGAAGAAGAGCCAUCAAGUGAGGAACGGGACGAUCCGGACUACGUACCGGAAAGAGAGGCAGGGAUAGCCGACGAAUCACAUCAGCCGCAGGUAAAGGACGAAGGGGUGGAAUCAAAAGAAGAAGAAGGAAGCGGGCUAUCAGGAUCAGAGUGCGAAGGAUUCGAGGCUGAAGUGCGCGACGCGGCGCGAGAACGAGCACGAGAGCGGAGGAAACGGAAGCGCCAGGAGACCACGGAGGGAAAGCGACCCGCAACAGACGUAUCCUCUGUCGAUCCGACGAUCGGGGACCCGUGGCGUGAUCCAGAGCCGCCAGAGGAGGAAGACGAUGGAACCACAACGAGGGGAUCAUGCGGCAGAAGAAGAAGAAGAAGUGAAUCGCCAGCUCCCUCCGGUACCUCGAAGAUGAAGCUGGAGCAACGGCGCAGCAGAACGCUCCCUCCAAAGCGCAGAUUCAUGGCAGACGUAUAUCGGAGGUUGCCUUCCCUGGUACUCGUUGUCGUUGUCUUCUUGUUUGUCGUCUUCCUCCACGUGUGCUUGGCGUUCCGGUCGUGGAAGCAACUCCACAAACGACGCACAUCCACGAAAUGGACUUUUGUUGAACGGGCAAUGGCGAACUUCAACGUCAGCAGACAAGUAGCGGCCGCGAGUGAAGGGGGCUCAGCUAGGGUGCUCCGUCACCGGCGGUAUGACCCGCCCUUGUACAGCCAUGUGCCUCUGCACAAGCAGUCUCUGCCCCCGUCGGACGACGAAGAAGAAGCGGAGGAGCUGGCAACACUACCUUUGGGUACUAGGUCGACGAAGAAGUGGUCGCAGACGUUGGUAGGUGGUGGAUGUGGGACAAAUCAAGGUGGCGAGUUCACAUCCCUCUUGCGUCAAGGGUUGAAGGAUGACGACGAUGGGCAGGUCGAUCUGAGGUUCGACUUGUCGUUUGGCGGUGCGACGCCAAGGACCCACACCUUCAUCAUUAUACUGGAACCUUCGUCGAGUAGCGUUCACCGUCCUCAAAGUGUGCACACUGAGGAGUCGCCACUUGCACGCGCUUCAUCCGUCAUUGUUGGUGUCGGGACGUCAUCCUGUGACCGACAUCAUGGCAGGAAUGUGAUUAUCGUGCAACGUAGCAGAGACGGCUGCCCUCCCGCUGCCGGAGUUGCACCAGGCCCCGUGGGCAUUGGUGGUGGUCGUCUUUCGAUGCCAUGUACUCAGACAAGGACAACGCAGGCCGACGCGAGAGACGACAACGAUUGUAGACCACCACCGUCGCAGCAAGCAAGCGUGGAGAACAUCACUCGUGGAGUGUCGAACAUGCGGGCAGGCAGCAAUGGUGGUCGUGACGAUGUGGCACACCUCGAUGACGAUGACGACAGAAGCACGAAGGACAUCGAAGCAGGGGAUGACGAAGAGGACGUUGAUAUUCUCCACGUCGACAACGAUAACGACGACGAUGACGACGACGACGAUGACGACGACGGCGGUGAUGACGAUGACGACGACGACGGCGACGCUGGCAUAAAAGGCAACGACGGCGACGAGGGCGAUGAGGGCGAUGUAGAAGAGAAGCACGCGAUGCGGAUGACGGCUACGAACGCGCUGAUGACGACGAUGAUGGCGACGAAGAUGAUGGCCAUGAUGUCGUUGACGAUGUCGAUGAUGGCGACGAAGAUGAUGAUCAAGGUGCUGCAGAAGGAAAGGCAAGAUGACGACGAUGGCAGCGAUGGCGAUGUCGUGUUGUCGACUCGACGACGACCACUUGAACAUUUCGCAGCGAGAUUAGAUCAGCAAUCUCGGGUGUUUGAGGAUGGGGGGGAGGACGAGAAUCGGAAGGCGCAGAAGAAGUGCUGCGUGUACAAGUACAUCCGCGUGGGACAGAAUCUCGGCGAGAGAUUCCACGGCAAUCGCAUGUUGAAGUGCAUUUUCUGCGGCCACGAGUUCCAGGGCAACCAGUUCGUGGCGGCGCGCCAUUUCCGCCAGGGCAAGGGAUGUCCGGAAGUGACAGACGAGGCACUUGUCCACAUCCACUAUAACAGUGAGUACAAGAUGUCCGACAAGUUCCUAGAGCGGAUACAGCGAUUUGAGGAGCUUCACGGUGCGGCGCCUGCGAUGGAUCCGCGACGGGACGAGGGGGGGGAGGGAGAGAUGAGGGACGCUGUCGGUGCGGAUACGGCUGAGGCGGGUGCGUCUGCGGGGAAGAGGAAGGAGAGAGAGGAGGGGGACAGACCGACGGCAGCAGCCACAACAAAGAAGAGGAUGAGACAGAAGACAAUCACGGAGUCAUUCACUUCAAAGUGGCAGAUGGAGUUCAAGAAGAAGUGGUUGCGGUUUGUGUACAGUCAGCGCCUGGCGUUCAGCGUCUUCCGGAGCGAGCCAUGGUUGGACGUCGUCCGGCACUUCAGGGACUUGCCGGGGCCAGUGAAGGUGUUGUGGCCUUCAGAGAAUGAGAUCGCGGACAAAGAGACCAUUGUCCACACGGCGGACGAUGUGGGAGCUGAUCUCGCGGAGGUCAGGGCUCCUUUCUAUGUCACGGGGGCCACCAUUAUGUCAGACGGAAGGAAGUCACGCGAUGCUAGACCCAUCGUUAACUUCCUUGCCGGCGGGUCGUGUGGGGUGAUGCUCGUCCGGACGAUGAACAGGGAGGGUGAGCGGGAUCGGGCGCCUGAUGUGUUGGUGCGCUGGAACAAGGUGUUCGAUGACUUCUCCCCCAAGUGGGUGAACGCCAUCUGCACCGACUCCGCCUCGGCGUACGUUGCCUCGGCGUACAUCGCCGCGGCGAACAUGCUCCAGGGGCCCCAGCAGAGGCCGGAGCAGCGACGGAUCACGUGGCUCCCAUGCGCAGUGCAUGUCUGCAACAAGAUGUUGUCAGACAUUGGCUGUUCGGGCCUGUGGUCCAAGGACAUCAUCGUGAGGGGGAGAGCGGUGGUGCGCUUCAUUAAGGAGCACGACGCCGCUCUCCAUAUCUUCCGGGGGGAGAGCAGUCAGAUGGGCCUCAUCUAUCCUUGCGAGACACGUUUCGCAUCCGUGUUCGCGAUGGUGGAGCAUUUGCUGGCAGUGAGGUCAGCUUUGGAGAGGACGGUGGAUGGUGAUACUUGGGGUAUGGUCCCUUGGGACCAUUCCGUUCGUCAGUUGGCUAGGUGGGUCAGGUGGCAGGUGCGACAUGGCAGUUGGUGGGAUUCCAUGGGCAUCUUGUUCCGAAUCAUGGAGCCUGUGUACGACCUGCUGCGCAGGUUGGACCGUAGAGGGCUGCACAUGUCGCGGGUGGUUGAGUGGACACAGGAUCUGGCCCGCCAGGUAGCAGAGGAGGUUUGUGCACUCCCGGGAGAUCUUGCACACUACAUUGUGCAGAGGGUGCAGGCUCGAUGCGCUCACAUGCUGGAGCCGGCGCACGUCGCUGCUCACCUUCUUUGUCCCAGCCGGCGGGACUUGCGGUACUUCGAGGGCGUGGUCAGCGACUACGACGCGAGCUUGGUGAGGGAGGCGGAGACUUACAUCUUGUCGCAGAUAGGGUUCACUGUGGCGAACCGCGACUAUGAGACCGCGUGUGCACAGUUGCGCGACUUCUAUACACGGAGGGGGGCGAUUGAUUGGGGGGGGAGAGAUAGGGAUAUAGAUGCACAGAGAUGCAGUGGCGAUGCGGAGACGUAUGAGUCCGGGUGUUGGUGGUCGAGGUACGGGCAGUGCGCCCCGCAGUUGCAGGUUAUCGCUCUUCGUGUGAUGUACAUGUGGACGUGCUCCUCUCCUGCGGAGAGGAAUUGGGCCGUCCACGAGGGUGUACAAACGAAGAAGCGUAACCGGCUUGAGUUCGAGAAGGUCGCGAAGUUGGUUGAGAUCUCAGCCAACGUCCGCCUUCUCUCUCAUCAGCGGGCAGGCCGCGGGUUCGCGCUGCCGUGGACUCUAGAUGAGUCGUUGUUGGACGUGGAGAGAGGUAUCGGGAUUCGCCCCUCGUGGAAGGGGACGGACGAGAGCAGGACGCGGGAGGAGGUCGAGGAUCAGAGACGUUCAUGGCAGCGAGACCCAUGUGGAUCCAGAGCUCCUCCAGGUGAUGUGGGCGAUGUUUUUGGGACUCAAGCCGCCACAUUGCACCCGUACCCUCGAGACGACAGUGAUUCCGAGGGUCACGAGUACGAGGACGAGCCGGCGGGCCUCGCUAGCGCCACUCCUGCGGCGGAUGAGCGUGAUGAGUGGAGUGACCCUGAGGACAUCUGUAGACGGAGUGGCGGAGAUGACCUUUUCGUUCGAGUUGAUUUGGAGGAGGAGUCUGGGGGUCGUCAUGGGAGCCCUUUAGAGCGUCCAUCGGGGAUUGGCCAUCGUCCUCUGGGUCGCUUUGGCACGACAUCAUCCUCCGCUCUUCCCACUUCGACGAAGCAGCUUCAUCGACAGCCAGCCGGUGCAGAUCGAUUGCAGAGAUUGGUGAGGGGCCCGAGACAGCGAUUGGAGGACAGAUUGGAGGGCGGUCCUAUGCCAGUGCAGGGUGACGACGGAGACAGACAGGGGUUGGUUGGUGGAGAUGGUGGUGCGCUGGCCGGAGGUGGAGGCGGUGCCGAGGUUGAUGCGGCGGUUGAGGGGAUACCGAUGGGCGGCGGUGGCGGUUUCAACGAGUUUGGCGAUAUGGGUAUGCCCCCGAGAGAAAGUGUGGGUCUGACCCGAGGAGAGAGCGAGUCCCGUGGGGACAUCAGUGUGGGUAUGCAGGACUUACUGGGACAGAUCGGCUUUGCGGACCCGAGUAGUUUCUCCCGUGCCAUGCACGCAGAGGUGAUGUUGGGGGCAGAGGGGGAUGAGGACCGGACACCCCUUGGAGAGACAUCUGCAGAGAGGCUGGAUAGGCUUGAUAGUCGUCGAGCGUGCCUCAAGGCACAGAGGGACCCCAGGACGCAAGAGCUCGCCCAGGUUCACGACACGACGCCGCGGGAGGCGACUUCGGCAGAGGUUUCGAGUACCGGAGUAGAUGUUCAGCAGGGAACGCACGAGAGCGGGUUGGCACCGACAGAGGAGCCACGUUCGGAGUCGGCGCAGCCUCCUGCCGUGCAACUGAGGCCAGAGGAGACAUUGCAGGAGGUCGCGGGCGUGCCUCUGCCCGCGGGUUCAGUUGAGGGUGCCGUGCAUAUGUCCCCGGGUCUGGAGGUCAUACAAACGGGGCAUUCAGUGGGCGUUGAUGAUAUUCGCCCAUCGGCACAGGCGGAGGGGAUAGCGCCGACCACGGGGGGGGACGGGGCCGUAGCGGGGGCCGUUGGUGCUGGUGGGUGGGGGGUGCCGUCCGCGGCCGAUCUGAUUUUCGCGUCCGGCGGGGGAGACCCCGCACAGGUGGACAGGCGUGACGCGGACGGACAGGAGAUGCCACAGACUUUGGUGGUUCGCACUGUUGUGGGGCCAGUGGUGCCACAUCAGGCACCAUUUUUUGAGGGUUAUAGGCGUUCUGCACAUGGCAGUGACCCGGUCGAGGAGCGAAGUGUAGGCAGGGGCGCGUGCAUACCCCCGGUCCCUACUUUUGCGCCGUCACGGACGAGGCCGGAGAUUAGGCAUGUGGCUACGCCUCGAGGCAGCCUCCCUUUUGGUUUUAUGACCGCUGAGGAGUUUGAGGACCACGGCAGGAGGGAUUUGACGGAGAUUGACCAGCGCAUUUUGAGGUCAGUCCCGGAGGAGGGGAAGCUGCCUCACGUGCAGGACUUAUCUUGGGGGUCAGCCAGCCCCAGCUUACCUUCUGGGUGUUCCAUCGCAGCGCCAUCUGGCGGCGCUGCAGGCGGCUUACCUUCUGGAGGUUCCGUCGCAGCGGCAUCGGGCGGGGCCGCAGGGGACUUACCUUCUGGAGGUUCGGUCGCAGCGCCAUCUGGAGGCGCCGCAGGCCCUUCGUCACCCUUGAGCGCAGCUCCGAGGGAGUGCGGCAGCGUCACCCCGAGGUCGGUUGCCCGUAGACGGAGAGACACUACCCAGCGUGCGCGGGAGUUGCUGGACAACAUGUUGUUCGGUCGCACAGACCGACCAUGGCGUGAGACGAGACGGGUGACGACGGCGAGUGUCGGUCGUCAGCCAGGAUUGAGAGGGGUUUCCACGAGUGCGAGACGUCGAGAUGUUGUAGCUGCAGGGUUUGGCGGUAAAGGGGGUGGCGGCGGUGGCAGUGGUGGCGACGGUGACGGCAGACGUGAGGGCGCAGGCGGUGCCACGGCGAGCGUAGUGGAUCCGCCGCAAACGUACGGUUUGAGAGAGGCGUCGAUUAUUUUGGAGGAGCCUGAUGUUGUUACACGACUGAGGCAGGCCCGACACGUGCCCUUAGAUCGACGCCAGGAGGGGGAGACUUCAGGGACUGACGGUCUACCUAUGGCACGCGAGUCACGCCGACGUGAUGACCUAGCAGCAACAGCCAUCAGGACGGUGAGAGGCAGGAGAGUCAUUAUGGAUGACGAUCCCGACGAGCUUCCCGUCGCUCCCAAGCCUUCCGCUGGCGGACGAGGCGGCCAGCGUCAGAGGGAUCGAGGAGGUGGCAGGGGUCAGUCCCACGGAGGAGUUUCUCAUCGGUCCGAGCGAGAUCCACUCUCGAUCCCCGAGGCCACCGAACUCAAACGUCAGCUUGAGGAGCUCCUGAGACUGGGUUUCAUUAAACCCAGCAACUCCUCGUGGGGUGCACCCGUCCUCUUUGCUCGCAAAGCGGACAAAACUCUCCGUCUCUGCAUCGACUAUCGCGGUCUCAACCGCUACACGGUUAAGAACAGCUACCCCAUGCCUCAUUCCGAUGAGCUAUUCGACCGCCUAGCAGGCAACCGCUUCUUUACAAAGAUUGAUCUUCGUAGCGAUUACCACCAGAUCCGCGUCGCUGUAGCUGACCAGCCGAAGACCAUGUUCCGAUCGCGAUUCGGCCACUACGAGUUCACGGUGAUGCCAUUUGGCCUCACUAAUGCUCCCGCUACCUUUCAGAGGACGAUGAACGACAUCUUCAGGGACAUCUUGGAGCAGUACGUUCUCGUUUACCUCGACGAUAUCCUGGUUUACAGUCGUACCCUUGAGGAGCACCUCAGACAUCUCCUCGACGUCCUUGACCGCUUGCGCAGACAUGGCUUCUACGCCAAGCUGAGCAAGUGCCGCUUUGCCCAGCACAAAGUGGAUUUCUUAGGACACUACGUGUCUAACCAGGGUCUCCACAUAGACGACGCGAAGAUCACUGCUAUUGCGGAGGCCCGCCCGUCAGGAUAUGCAGACGUCCCGAUUAACGAAAAGCUGCGAUGGGUGAAUGGGAGACUGCGUUCUGUGAAAAUCAGCGACCAUGCAGUUGCAGACCAUUUCCUUAUAGAAGCAGCUGCCCCGGGAGUGGUGACGGUCAUCACAAUUUACCCGCUUGAUAAGGCGAACUUGCUUAGAUUACCACUCCCUCGGCACAAGGGGCACACUGUGCAGAUCAGAUCAUGGGAACCGCCCACGCCUUUCACAGCAGAUCAGAAAAGAGAUCAGCUCAUGAGGAACCACUUCUGGGUGGAGUUUCGCUUCGCUCCGCUGAGCGUUCAAGGUGCGAUCUUAGCAGACUUGCAUCAAAUCGCCCCGGUCUUCGGAUAUAUCAACGACGCACCCCAGUUCCUCCCCAAAAGGGAUGACACGCUGCUGGUCGCAGUGGACUGGGACCCGACCGUUGGGUUUCCCGUGAGCGGCCAAUGGUCCUUCUCACAAGAGGACAAGACUUACGCUGUGCAAGUGAACCACCCCCAGGACCCCUGGUGCUACGCGUGCAGAUGCAGGGGUCACCUGUCCACUGACCUUCAUUGCCCCAACAUGCAGGGUAAGGCAAUGAGAGGACUGGUCAUACCUCACCCAGAAGGACCAGGAAGGUGGAUCCCGGAAGAUCCCUUCUUUGAAGGAUGGGUCUUCCACCGAUCAUCUAUCAAGCGCCCCGGGGAAUGGAAGUGGGAAGCGAAGGGACGCCCUCCCAGAUCCCCGGCCAACUCCACAAUUCUGCGACCAGGAGAAAGACCAAGUCGCAGCUCCUUGGAGCCUGGGAGCCCCAAGGAACAGACAGCCGCCUCGUCCUCCACACCCACUGUGGCACGAGGCACCCCCCGAAAACAGGGGGGCGGGGGGAACCAUGCAAAAGCCCUGGCUACGCCUGAAAACAUGCAAUGGUCAGAGGAACCACAACCGCCCCUCCGGGACAAUCUCCCUGCCGACCCCGGCCCCCGCCCUACGGAAAUGGAGGGAGUGGAGAGCACACCGGGCGACACCAUGGGACAGUUCCCGAUGGACCAAUCCGGUCCCCCUCCUCCUGGGGUCCUGGACACGGGCUCACAGACCCCCCUCGAUUUCGACACCCAACGGGUGGGGUCCAACUUUGGACGGUCUGCACUGCAGCCUUGCCCCCCCGACCAGGAGUUCCUGCCACCAUGCAGUCUCGCCCUGUCCACGGACAUGGCAAUGAUGAUGCAAACACGGGGCCAACAACACUGGCAGGUGCAACGCCCCUGCAACCUCACCAUGACCCCGGACAUGGCAGCAAUGUGGCAAGAGCACAAUGCCCAACUAAUGCAUGGACAGACGGCUGUCACACAACCGGGGGAUGUGCCCUCCCUCAUCCAACAACAGAGGGCAAUGACACAGCCCAUGGCGGUGCCCUCCUUGAGCGGUGGAGAAGAGGUUCAUAGCAUGGCAAAGACACAGCCCAUGGCGGUGCCCUCCUUGAGCGGUGGAGAAGAGGUUCAUAGCACCUAUAGCGAGGCACCGCCCCCCGAACCGGGCGAUGACACAGAGAUGACAAAGCCAAGUGACGAGACUCAACCUACCGCACAUGACCUGAACAACACACAACAACCACAGGUCCGACCGGGAGAAAAGACGGGACUGGGCAAUAGUGAUACACGACAGCCCCAAAGCCUGUUGAAAGACAAGCGGGUGAGAGCCAGAAUGAAAGCUGUCACAGAUGCAGUCCUCAUGGGCCUGCUCAGGACAUCCAUGCACGGUGACCAUACCAACAUCCCCCCUUUGCAUUGGGAGAACAUAAGGAGAGCGUUUAUGGCUUCGAACACAGUCAUCCAUUACCUGGACAGGGCACCUGACCCGGCCUCCAUCGACUGGAAACUGGUUGCCUCCCUCAUCUUGGAGGCAGUUCACUCCCUUAUCCAUAAGAUCCGCCACCCCCCCUGUGCAGAAAAUAACAUAGUGGGUACAGACCUCGGAACAGCUCUGGUGCAGCUGGAUGCCCUCCCCUGCCGACCUGGACUGUCCCAUGAUGGACUACAGUGGCCGGAGGUCAUAAUUCAAGAGUUGGAGACGGCGAUCCAGGGUCCCCAAAGGGAGGGCGCCAUAGUAGUGACAAAAGGGAAUGCGGCAGAACAACUGGUGCCAUCACACCUGCUGCUCCCCCUGUUACACCUGCAGAUUGUCCCGCGCCCUCGACUUGGAUCCCGGCCUGCCUCCGACGGGGCGAUCGCAUCAGCAGACCCCGAACUCGAUGAUCAGCCACAACGGAUGCCAGGCGACACCUCCGAUACCUCCAAUUCUGAAUCAGAACUUGACUUCGAAUGGGACCCCCUGAUGCUAACCACGUUCUUCGAGAAGAGUAGACAACCCACCAUGACUUACGAUACGUUGAGUAAAGAGGUGGUGUUGUUCGAGGCACAGUCCAUGCCAGUGUCCACUUUUUGGCAUAAGGAUUUCGACAAAGGUAAAAAGUGGAAAGGUUGUACCAUCUUUGGUCAAGUUAGGGCCAAGGAUCACUUGAUCCUCACUUUAGAUGAAGGUGGCAUGGAGGAGGUCUCGUAUAGCCAGAUUGAGUGGGGCCUAGAGGAGGAGGACAGUAGUGGGGGUCAAGGGAGGACUUACGCUGCUGUCGCGGUCGAAGGGAGGCCGCAGGGAAGAGGCCAGGGCCAAGGGGGUCGGGCCUCGGGUGGUCGAGGACAAGGCGCUCAGGUGGUUGGCGGCAGAGGAAACCGCCAAGAGGGAGGUAGGGUUCAAGGUCCCCCACUAAACCUCCUAGGAGAGGUGGAUGGCACCUAGGCUUGCCGCAAGGCAGGCCAUGGGAAGACUUGGUGUGCGCGGGGCACAUAAUAAAAUAAUGCCCAAAGU